AUGCAAACAAAAACCACCAAAGCUCACCUCAGCCUCUUUCUCUACUACACUCUCUGUCUAUUCAAUGGAGUUUUAAUCUAUGGUUGCAUAGAAGGUGAAAGAAAAGCACUUCUUGAUUUCAAAGAAGGGCUUAAAGAUCCCAGUGGAAGGUUAUCAUCUUGGAUUGGGCAAGACUGCUGCAUUUGGAGAGGAGUUCAAUGUGAUAACCAAACAGGGCAUGUUGUGCAGCUUGAUCUUGGGAACAAGAUGCCUCUUCAUGACAUGUUUGGUUAUGGUCCACAUGCUCUUCCCUUGGAAGGUGAGAUCAGCUCUGCUUUGCUUGGCUUGAAACACUUGCAAUACUUGGAUCUCAGCAUGAACUUCUUUGGAGGUAUUCAAAUCCCUGCUUUCUUUGGUUCACUCCAACGGCUCCAUUAUCUUGAUCUUUCUUGUGCUGGUUUUAGUGGACUAGUUCCUCAUCAGCUUGGCAAUCUCUCAGGCUUGCAGCACCUUGAUCUAUCUAAUCCUUUCUAUUUAUCUUGGAACAAACUCUACAUUGUUGGAAGUCAUUGGCUUUCAAAUCUUUUAUCUCUUCAGUACCUCAACUUGAAUUUUGUUGAUCUCUCCAAAGCACCUGAUUGGCUGGAAUCACUAAACACCCUCCCAUUAAUCUCAGAAAUAAACUUAUCUAACUGCACUCUUGAGCUUCCUCUUUCUCUUGCACAUGUUAACUUUACAAAACUUCACUUUCUUGAUCUUUCUAGUAACAAUGUUAAUUCUGUUGUCCCACCUUGGUUGUUCAAGUUAAGAAGCCUAGAGAGUUUAGAUUUGAGUGUCAAUGCUUUCAAAGAGCUUGUCCCUAGUGCUAUUGGGAAUUUAACGUCUCUUAGAGUCCUUGACCUUGCUAACAAUGGUGUUCUAGAAGGUGGAGUGCCACUGAGUCUAGGAAACCUCUGCAUGUUGAACAUAUUGGACCUUUCAGAGAAUAAAUAUUUGCAUGGUGAUUUGAAUGAACUGGGUGAAGUUUUUUCUGGUUGCAUGAAAGACAGUUUGGAGAUACUGAGUUGGGUUUUUAGUGAACUCACAGGAACUUUUCCUGAUUGGUUAGGAAACCUCAAGUCUCUCAAGAUGCUAAAUCUCUAUUACAACUCAUUCUCUGGUCCAGUUCCUGAAUUUCAACUUCCUUCUUUGAAAAAACUGGACAUUUCUCGCAAUACGUUUGAGUGGAAUUAUUCCCAAGCAUUUUGGAAAACUGUUUCCUGA